AUUUCCGAAGCGGUAUGUGGAGACUGUUGUUAUGGAAGGUGGGCACGUGGUCACCAAAUUACCUCAUAAACAUCAUCAUUGCUAUUACCACGGUGAAGUGAGAGAUGGCAAUUCAUCUUCAGUUGCAAUAAGCACAUGCAAUGGUUUAAGUGGUCUGGUCCAUGUUGAUGGAGAAGCUUUGGCUGUAGCGCCAUUGGAGGGGUCGCCAAGGCAACACGUCGUUUAUCAUCAAAAAGAUGUAAUCAGCAGGGGAGAGAAAUUAGUGAUGGAUGCAAAGUAUGAAUCUGUUGGAGAACUGCCCGAUAUAUCAAGUAAAGAGCGCCACCGCAGGGACAUCCUGUCCGAGACGAAAUAUGUAGAAUUGGCCAUCAUAAAUGACGAUGCUGAGUAUCGUUUUCGUGGAAGUAUUGGGGCUGUGCAAGACAGAAGCAAGGAACUCGCAAAUGCCAUGGAUAUGCUGUAUCGAGCACUGAACAUCAGGAUAGCUCUAGUUAACGUAGAAGUAUGGACAAGUAAACAGAUAGAUCUUACUGCCGAUGCCACAUCUAACCUGUUCAAAUUCCAGGCCUGGAGAUCUGAGCAUUAUUCACCUAGGAUCCAUAAUGAUAAUGCUCAGCUAUUAACAGGAAUUCCUUUCAACGACAAUGUCGUCGGGAUGGCAGAACAUGGGAAAAUGUGUACAGAAGACAAAUCAUGUGGUGUUAAUACAGACAUAGAAGAAGAGCUCUCCCGUCAGGUUGUAGUUGUAUCACACGAGAUGGGACAUAACUUGGGUUUUAAUCACAACACUAGAAGUUGCACCUGUCCAGAUGCUUCCUGUAUCAUGGAUGAUAUACUAGGAUACCCUCCCUCCACCCAGUUUUCUUCCUGCACCUUUGAGACGAUGCGGAAGGUCCUUCAGAAGGGUUACGGGUUCUGCCUCCUGGAUUACCCUAAAGAAUUCUUUGGAGGACCGGUGUGUGGUAACAAGUUCUUAGAGGCAGGGGAGGACUGUGAUUGUGGGACACCAGAGGAGUGUGACACCAACUGCUGCGUAGCUGAGACCUGUAGAUUCCAUGUGAAUGCUACGUGUGCCGAGGGUGAAUGCUGUGAUAGUAACUGUCAGAUGCUACCCGCUGGUACCCUAUGCAGGGAUGAAUACAACCCCUGUGAUCUACCAGAAUACUGCACCGGAACUUCUGCAACGUGCCCGGGUAAUGUGUACCGCCAGAACGGAGAGAAGUGUGAUCGGAGGGACUCUGAUUCUCUCUGCUAUGACGGGCAAUGUCAUAGCUACCAGCAGCAAUGCGAAGAAGUCUGGGGUAAACGGACCUCUGUUAAGGCAGGGGUUGAUGAGUGUUAUGCCCUGAACGAACAAGGCAGCCAUUUUGGAAGUUGCGGAGAGACGGACCAAAGGCCAUGCCCAUCCUCAACUGAUCCUGAUGGACCUUGCUACAAACCCUGUGAACCAGAGAAUGCAAAGUGCGGUCGUCUGAUGUGUGAAAAUGUUCCUGAUAGACCCGUCCUUACCAGUAUUGCCACCAUCGCUCCAGGGCGGGCCUACGAUUCCAAGGGCAGAGAGCACAUCUGCAAGACGGCCUCCCUUAACUUUGGAACCGAUGUCCCUGAUCCAGGCUACGUUGCAGACGGAACCAGCUGUGCUGAAGGAAAGAUUUGCUUGAACUUCCAGUGUCAAAACAUCAGUGCCGUUGGCAUAAGACCCUGCCCUUAUAACUGCCAUGGCAACGGGAUGUGCAAUAGUAAGAGUCACUGCCACUGUUAUCAAGGAUGGGCUCCACCUCUGUGCAACACUCCAGGCUAUGGGGGUAGUAUUGAUUCCGGUCCUGCAGGUCCCCCUGACAACGUUGUUGUAGUCACCCGUACAGUGACUAAAGUGGUAACCCGUUAUCUACCCGUAAGUGGCCCCACCCUUUUUGAUUUAGGAGAAGAUGGAAAUAAAGGAACUGGAAAUUUUCUGAGUGGCGUGUCCACGGGAACGGUAGCUGCUCUUCUGGUUCUCUUCAUCGUCAUCUUCCCUCUACUGACCGUAUGUGGUGUAGUCAUCUACUGUAAGCGACAGAGAAUCCGACAGAUGCUCAACAAGAGCAGAGAGACAAGGACCGGGCAUCAGUCAUUUAGAAACAGUCCAGGUAGUAAUGGAGCUGCACGGAAGACUGUUGUGACACGUACCCCUUCCAUUCGGGCUUCCCCACCGACUAUAGAACACAUCCCAAACUCAAGCACAGGUAAUGUCGUCCAUGAUGUCUAUCCUCUCAUACCAACUGGUCCUAAUGUGAGCUACAAGCCUGAUAGACCACCAGCAAGACCCAGUUCACCGCCUCCGAAACAGACCUCAAAACCACCACCGUUACCAUCCAUAGCGUCGACGCCCUCUACUGAAGCUCCAACCAAACCUACGGCCCCUCCAAGCCGUCCACAGCUUCCUAAGUUAAAACCUACAGUCCGAUCACAAAGCUUUAAUUAUCCGGCCAAAUCCGAGUCAGGGCCUGGUGCUAGGCCAGGAGGACCGCCUGGGCGACCCAAACCUCCAGCACCACCUUUUAAACUUGCACCACCCCCCAAGUCACCCCCGCCCGUGCCAGACUCUCAGACGCCCGCCAUGAGCAUUUCCGGUGCCAGGGCAGCUCUGAAACCGGUAGCACGGCCACGCCCGAACGUGAAUUCUAACAACUCCAAGGACUGCGAUUGGAGUCAGGGUGGCAACCUUAUUACAAAAGACAGUCAAGAGGGGGAGCCCUUCAUCGCGAAAAAACCAACAUUAGCCAAGAAACCGUCGAUAUCACGGAAACCUCCUUUGCGCCCUGGUAGACCACCUCUACGAACCCAAAGCAUGAGAGAACCUCCUACAUCCUAACAAUCAUCUUGAUAAGUUGACCUUUGACCUUUUAUUAACCUUUAGAUGUCACAAAGGUCAUCUUUCAGUGUGUGUUACUCUCUGAUUUGUCUUUCCUAUUUUUUUAUGUUCUUUUAUUGAGUUUACUUUCAGACUAUCAAAGCAAUAUACAUGUAAAUAUUCCUUGUAUAUGUUUUGUUUUUUAAUAUUUGUGUUGUACUUUUUAAUCAGGGGAGUGUUUGAUGAAGCAUCUUAUCAGUGCUUUCCACUGUUGAUGAAUUUGCUUUCAGCCAAUCAGAUCAAAGGAUUUCAGUAGCUUGUAACAAAUAUGCAGUCAAAAUCACUGACCAUUUAUUUCAUGAAACCCUCCUCAAAGGAUUGCUAAUUUUGUGCAAAGUGAUGCAGGCUUUUAGUUUAAUAUUUAUUUAUUCUUUUCUUUAUCUUGGUUAAUAUUUGGAGUUGAAUGAUAAGUUAACAAAUAGCUUGUGACUGUAUCUGGUAAGUUGUAAUAAAUCAAUGAACUUUGAUUGGAUUUCAAGAUCUAUUUGGUAAUUAUUUGAGAACUAGCCAAACUGAUGAAUAAGAGUAUAUGUAUUGUAUCUCUUUUGUAUACCUAGGGCCCGUCUUACAAAGUGUUGCGAUUGAACUGAUCAAUCGCAACUAUGGAAAGCCAGCAAAGUCAACAUAUAA